CCGCACUGACGUGCGCAUCGUAUAUAUACAUACGCGCGCGCGCUGUGUGUGUUGCCUAACCUAACCUCAUCUCACGCGUAUACGGCGAAAUUUUGGAUUAUAAUAUAAUCAGUGCAGUGCGCUUUUGGAUGUGACACGCAUUUGAUUAACACCCAAACAAAACGGAUAUAUAUAUCACACAUACAUCGAUACACUGUGGAUUAAGUGCUCUCAGCUACUACUUUUAUGUGAGAUUGAAAAGUGUAGUGUUUAAUAAUUUAAAAAUAUUUUAAUUUUUUAAAAUUUUUAAAUUAAAAAAGUGCGCGUAAUUAUUUUUAUUAUUUGAAUUUUGUGGUUGAUAAUAUAUACUAAAAGUGUUAGUGAUUUGUUUGCCGACGGAUCGCGUUCCGACGGGCGACCAACGCCUUUCGACGCAAAUUGUGAGAGAAAAGCGCGCCGCAACACAACAUACACAACGGCGGCGGCGUGUAUAGAGAGUUGUCGUAAUUCUUCGAUUCUUUAAAUUAUCGAUUGGCCGCCGCUCAUCAGCCGCCGGUGCGCGCACUCACAAGAUGCGCUGCUGAUGCGAAGCGUGUGAUGUACCAGAGUGCAGGAAUGAACGCAGCCGCCGCAGCGGUCGUGGCCGCGCGACAACACACGGGUCCUCCGCAGCCUGGCCAGCCGUUCAAAUUCACCGUGGGUGAAUCAUGCGAUCGGAUAAAGGAGGAAUUCAAUUUUCUUCAAGCACAAUACCACAAUUUAAAAUUAGAAUGCGAAAAAUUAGCGAGCGAAAAAAUCGAAAUCCAGCGACAUUACGUAAUGUAUUACGAAAUGUCGUAUGGACUCAACGUCGAAAUGCACAAACAGACUGAAAUAGCAAAGAGACUGAAUGCGAUAAUCGCGCAGAUUUUGCCAUUCCUGUCACAGGAACACCAACAGCAGGUGGCAUCUGCCGUCGAGCGUGCGAAACAAGUCACCAUGACUGAAUUGAACGCCAUCAUUGGGCAACAACGGCCAGAUCUUCCACGUUUAUUACAACAAAUGCACGCGCAACAACUGCCAGCGCAUGCAGCGCCACCUAUCCCCAUGAUGCCGCAUCCAGGCCUCGCGGGAGCUCCGCCCAGCUCAGCGGCGAGUCUAUUGGGUCUGUCAGGGGCGCUGGGAGCGCCUGGUCAACACCCACUGUCGAUGCUUGUCAAACCGGAGUUGCAUCGACCUGAUGACGUCAAAUCUAAUAGCGGUAUCAACUCGGCGGAAGAGCGUCACAGAAAUUCAAUAUCACCAGCGGAAAGGGAGAAGUAUAGACCACGAACGCCACAGGAACCCGACCACAAGAAAGUCAAAAAGGAGGAAAAGGACAUGGGUCACGUAAGUAUGAAACAUUCUGAUGGUGAGAAAUCCGAUCAGGACCUAGUUGUGGACGAUGCCUCCGAAGAUCCGGUCUCACCUCCUAAUGGUACAGCCUCCCCACGUGAAAAUGGCAUCGAUAAACUAUCAUCUAAGAAAGAACAUCCCGGACCUCACAGUCCACGUUCAGGCACAUCUAGUAAUGCAUCAACACCAUCAACCAAGAAACUUGAUGGUGAGAAACCCACCACACCCAUCAGCAAAUCAGUAACACCUACAAGUGCGUCCGGGUCCAGCGCAGGCGGAAGUGGGCUUAAACCCGUUGUGAAACCACCUGCACUAGGACAAUAUCCGCCAUAUUUACCUGGGAUGUCAAAUGGAGGUGGUCCACAUGAUUUGCAAGCUGCAGCUGUAGCAGCCCAAUAUGGGGCUAUGCACAACAGUCUACAACCUUCAAUGAACAACCCUUACCCACGCCCACCAUUGCAAGUUGCUUAUGACCCACAUGCACCAAUGCGGGCACCGGUGGUACCUGGUAUGGGUGGAAUACCAGGUGGUAAACCAGCGUAUUCCUUUCAUGUGAGUGCCGAGGGACAAAUGCAACCGGUGCCCUUUCCGCCGGAUGCCCUUAUAGGGCCUGGAAUACCGCGCCACGCGCGCCAAAUUAAUACCCUUGGACAUGGUGAGGUCGUCUGCGCCGUGACCAUCUCCAAUCCCACGAAAUACGUCUACACAGGUGGUAAGGGAUGCGUUAAGGUGUGGGACAUCAGUCAACCAGGGUCCAAGAGUCCUGUUUCACAACUAGACUGCUUGCAACGUGACAACUAUAUACGAUCAGUAAAACUCCUCCCCGAUGGUCGUACCUUGAUCGUAGGAGGUGAGGCAUCCAACCUCUCCAUUUGGGACCUAGCUUCACCCACACCACGUAUCAAAGCAGAGCUCACCUCAUCAGCACCUGCGUGUUACGCGUUGGCCAUCUCCCCGGACUCCAAAGUCUGCUUCAGUUGUUGUUCAGAUGGUAACAUCGCUGUGUGGGACCUCCAUAACCAAACACUGGUACGGCAGUUCCAAGGUCACACAGAUGGUGCCUCCUGCAUAGAUAUAUCCGCGGAUGGUACCAAGUUGUGGACUGGUGGGUUGGAUAACACCGUACGCAGCUGGGACCUGCGUGAAGGGCGGCAACUGCAACAACAUGACUUCAGCUCACAGAUAUUCUCAUUGGGGUACUGCCCAACUGGUGAAUGGUUGGCUGUAGGCAUGGAGAAUUCAAAUGUGGAGGUGUUACAUGCUUCGAAACCGGAUAAAUACCAACUGCAUCUGCAUGAGAGUUGUGUGCUGAGUUUACGCUUCGCUGCGUGCGGAAAGUGGUUUGUUUCAACCGGAAAAGACAAUUUACUGAAUGCGUGGAGGACUCCGUAUGGUGCUAGUAUAUUCCAGUCGAAGGAAUCAUCGAGUGUAUUGAGUUGUGACAUCUCCGCGGAUGAUAAAUACAUCGUCACAGGCUCCGGCGAUAAAAAAGCGACGGUGUACGAAGUGAUUUACUAAAUCUCUGCACGGCAAAUGCGAAUGAAAUACUCACGAACAAUCUAGAAACUAUAAACGUUAGUGAUACUGUUACGCAGAUGUAAGUAAGUGAAUUUUGACGCAGACACAAGAAUUAAAUUUAACGAAAUGUGAUAAUUUAAUUGAUAAGGCAGGACGUUUAAAGUGUAUAAAUAAAUCCGUGUUUAAAUCUAUCUAUGAUUUGGGCGUGCGCGACAAGAUGGCCGACGGACUUUGAGAAUCUCUUGUUAGGUGAUUCGAGGUAUUAGCGACAUAAGUUUCCGUUUCCACCAAUGACACAUGACAAUUCAAGAUGGCGCGCCACCCCCGUAUUAUGAUUAUUAUUAAACAAAUGUUGUUUACGACUUUAUCACAUGUAUUAUAUAGUCUAGCUAAGAGAUAUUAAUUGCAUUCUUUCUGUUCAUUUGUUUCUUUUUAUUUGCUAUGAAAAACAAGACGAAAAUCAACACAAUAAACGAAUUAAAAAUUGA